AUGGCGCGCGCCGGAGCAGGGGCCGGGCCGGGGGCCGCGGCGGGCGGGGGCUGGCGCGACGCGGCGGGGGCCGCGGCGGAGGAGCUGUCCCUGGAGGAGGUGCUGAAGGCCUACGAGCAGCCCGUCAACGAGGAGCAGGCGUGGGCCGUCGGCUUCCAAUGCUGCCGCGGGCUGCUCCAGCCCGACCCGCCGGGCGCCGAGGAAAGGCGACGCCGCCGACGGGGACCGGCCGGACGCCUCCGCGACACCGCCGACCUCCGCCUGCACAAGGACGGCGCCGUCUCUGCCCGCGGCGAGUUCGGCGAGGCCCAGCUUCCGCUGACCUUGGCACCUGCAGCAGAAGCACAGGUGGUGCAGUCCCUGGGCUUUGUCAUCUACCGGGCCCUUGACUGGGGCCUGGAGGAGAAUGAGGAGCGUGAGCUGAGUCCCGAACUGGAGCGGCUGAUCGAUCUGAUGGCCAACAGCGACUCUGAGGAUAGCGGCAAUGGCAGCAGCACUGCAGACGAAGGCUACAGCGGGCAGGAGGAAGAGGAGGAGGCGGUGGCCAAGGGGACCCUGAGUGCCGUCCGCACAUUCAGCCAAGUGAUGCGGCUCUGUGCUGCCCGCCUCUCCCAGCCCCAGGAGGCCCACGUUCACUACCAGGCGGUGUGCCGGGCGUUGUUCCUGGAGACGGUGGAGCUGAAGGCUUUUCUGGCCAAGAUCCGGGACGUCAAGGAAAUGCUAAUCAAGCUGAAGGACGAAGAUGAAGAGCUGAGGGACCGAUCGGCAGCAGAGCUGGAUAACCUGAGGAACACGGACUGGGCUCGGCUCUGGGUCCAGCUCAUGCGAGAACUGCGGAAUGGUGUAAAGCUCAAGAAGGUCCAGCAGAAACAGUUUGACCCCUUGCCCACGGAGUAUCAGCUGACGCCUUUUGAGAUGCUGAUGCAGGACAUCCGAGCCCGCAACUAUAAGCUCCGCAAGGUCAUGGUGGACGGAGACAUUCCGCCCCGGGUGAAGAAGGACGCCCAUGAGCUCAUUUUGGAUUUCAUAAGAUCUCGUCCGCCUCUGAGACAGGCUUCCGAGCGCCGGCUGCGUCCCAUGCCUCAGCAGCAGAGGACCCUCCAUGAGAAGAUCCUGGAGGAGAUCAAGCAGGAACGGAAGCUCCGGCCUGUGGAAUUGCAGCAUCAGGACCAGAGAGGGUUUGGUUCCUUGCCCUGCCUGGUGAAUGCCUGCUCCAGCAACAUGAAGUCGACCUCUUGCAUCAACCUCUCCGUUUCAGAGUCCGGUGCCCCAGCUCAGCGCCAGAGGCCGAGGGUCCUGCUGAAGGCACCCACACUGGCAGAGAUGGAGGAGAUGUUGGUUUCUGAAGAAGAAGAGUCUCCCUGCUCAGAGGCGGUUCAGGAGCCGGGACCCCUGAUGCCCCUGAAGCGGGACCGCUCCUUCUCCGAGCAAGACUUGGCCCAUUUUCGGGGUGAAAGUGAUAGCAGCGAGCCUCACCAGGAGUACUUAAGGCCCAGCCUGUCAGACCUGAGGCCUCGCUCAGGUACCAUGUCCGCUGCAUGGGCCAGCAUGGAAAAUAUGGGAUCGGUUCCGGCUCGCUACCACCCUCGGGUUGGUUCGUGUCCUCGUAAACAAGACAACCUCGGUUCUGUAGAGGAGAAUUUGGAGGCCAGUUCUGUUCCGGUCACGGAUGCCAAUUUGAAAUAUUUGUGGCUACAGGAAUUCAGCCACCCCGUAGAAAGCCUGGCGCUCACGGUGGAGGAAAUGAUCAACGUGCGCCGGGUGCUGGUGAAGGCGGAGAUGGAGAAGUUUCUUCAGAGCAAGGAGCUCUACACCAGCCUGAAGAAAGGGAAGAGCUGCUGCUGCUGCCAAACCAAGUUUACGCUCUUCUCCUGGCCCCCAACCUGCCUGUUCUGCAAGAGGUCUGUCUGCAGCUCCUGCAGCCUGAAGAUCAAGAUGCCCUCGAAGAAGCUUGCCCACAUCCCUGUCUACGCCCUGGGCUUCGAGACGCUGCACGGCUCUCUGGGUGCCAAGGGCUCCCCAGCCCGCCAGCAGGAGACUUUCCACUCCCUGCAGGGAACCCACUGGCGCAGCGUGGAGGAAGAGUUCCCCUGCAUCUAUGCUCAUGGGUCAGUGCUCAAGGACGUUUGUCGUGACUGCUCUGGCUUUGUCACAGAUGUCGUCAGCUCCAGCCGCAAAAGCAUGGACAUUCUCAACACCAAGCCGGGGAGGAGCCGCAAAACCCAAUCGCUGUACAUCUCGUCCAGCUAG